AUGAAGAAAAAUGUGAUUGAAGUUGUCGAGCGUUCUUUAAAUUCUGAAAAUUUGACAUUCAAUGCACAAAAAGCUGUCACAUAUGAAUACGAUUUGACAAUUGAUGAUAUUUCAAAUCGUAUAAUGUCUGCAAAGUUAUAUUUGCUUAAUCGUUCAUACAUAUGCCGACCAUUUUACGAUACCUUAAUUAAUUUGGGUACUGUAUUUUGUGAUCAAUUUAGUCGACCAAUUCAUGGAAUUUGGUCAUCUGCAAUUCUUAUUGCAAUAUGUUUCCUAGGAUAUUAUGUAAGAAAAUUAAGCAGUAACGAAGAAAACUUGUAUGAAUAUGAAACAGAAUCAGAUUAA